AUGCUUGAUGACAGUUGGGACCCAACUCCACUCUUAAAAGAAAUCCGUGAUGACAAGACCAGUACGAUCAUUAUUCAUGCUAAUGCAUCAAUGUCCCACACAAUAUUAAUUAAGGCCGCAGAGCUGGGAAUGGUUUCCGCUUAUUACACAUAUAUCUUUACAAAUUUGGAAUUUUCUCUGCAGCGCUUUGACAGCCCAUUGGAUGAACGGGUGAACAUCCUGAGUUUUUCUAUGUUUAAUCAAUCGCACAGCUACUUCCAGGAAUUCACACAGAUACUCCAGCAAUCUUGGGAAGAGAACUGUGAUCAUACUCCUUUCACGGGCCCUGCACUUUCUUCUGCUUUGCUCUUUGAUGCUGUUUAUGGUAUAGUGGAUGCCGUGCAGGAGCUAAACCGAAGUCAGGAAAUUGGCGUUAAACCUCUGUCAUGUGGGUCCGCACAAAUAUGGCAACAUGGCACUAGCCUUAUGAACUACCUGAGAAUGGUAGAGUUGGAAGGUCUUACCGGACAUGUGGAAUUCAAUAGCAAAGGCCAAAGGUCAAACUAUGAUCUCAAGAUUCUGCAAUAUACCAGGAUAGGAUUUCAGGAGAUUGGACGAUGGCAUGUCACUAAUGGUGUAUCCAUGGACAGAAGAUACUUCUUCCAAAACAUUUCUGACAGUUUGGCUAACAAGACAUUAAUAAUCACUACGAUCCUAGAAAACCCAUAUUUGAUGCUUAAACCAAAUCAUCAUGAUCUGGAGGGUAAUGAACGUUAUGAGGGGUUCUGUGUGGACAUGCUCAAGGAACUGUCCAAGAUCCUGCAUUUUAACUAUAAAAUCCGCCUGGUUGCUGAUGGCCUUUAUGGCGUUCCAGAGGUGAAUGGAACUUGGACUGGAAUGGUGGGAGAACUAAUAUCCAGGAAAGCAGAUUUAGCUGUUGCUGGUCUCACAAUUACAGCAGAAAGAGAAAAGGUUAUUGAUUUCUCCAAGCCAUUUAUGACCUUAGGAAUCAGCAUCCUGUACCGUGUUCACAUGGGCAGAAAGCCAGGCUACUUUUCCUUCCUAGAUCCAUUCUCACCUGGAGUAUGGCUGUUUAUGCUUCUUGGCUACUUAGCUGUCAGCUGUGUUUUAUUCUUAGUAGCCAGGUUAACUCCAUAUGAAUGGUACAGUCCCCACCCAUGUGUUCAAGGACGGUGCAAUCUUCUAAUUAAUCAGUACUCUCUUGGUAACAGUCUGUGGUUUCCAGUUGGUGGUUUUAUGCAGCAGGGAUCUACCAUUGCGCCAAGAGCUUUGUCUACGCGAUGUGUUAGUGGAGUAUGGUGGGCGUUCACCCUGAUAAUUAUUUCUUCAUAUACAGCAAAUCUUGCUGCCUUUCUUACUGUACAGAGAAUGGAUGUACCCAUUGAGUCAGUGGAUGACUUGGCUGAUCAGACUACUAUUGAGUAUGGUACCAUACAUGGAGGAUCCAGCAUGACUUUCUUCCAAAAUUCUAGAUACCAGACCUAUCAACGGAUGUGGAAUUACAUGCAUUCAAAACAGCCCAGUGUGUUUGUCAAGAGCACUGAAGAAGGGAUUGCCAGAGUGCUGAACUCAAACUAUGCUUUCCUUCUGGAGUCCACUAUGAAUGAGUACUAUCGUCAACGCAACUGUAACCUCACUCAGGUUGGAGGUCUGCUUGACACAAAGGGCUAUGGCAUUGGAAUGCCUCUAGGCUCUGCUUUCCGUGAUGAAUUUGAUCUAGCAAUCUUGCAGCUACAGGAAAACAACUGUCUGGAAGACCUAAAGCGGAAAUGGUGGGAUGGCGGUAAAUGCCCAAAAGAAGAAGACCACAGAGCAAAAGGUUUGGGCAUGGAAAACAUUGGAGGCAUAUUUGUUGUGUUAAUCUGUGGAUUAAUAGUGGCUAUCUUCAUGGCCAUGCUGGAGUUCCUGUGGACAAUAAGAAAUUCUGAAGAUACUCAGGUUUCUGUUUGUCAAGAAAUGAUGUCAGAGUUAAGUAGCAUUAUACUUUGCAAAGACAGUUUUCUGCCACGUCGAAGACGGGCAGGCAUUAUACGCUCCAGAUCAGCUGUUCCGGAGGAUAAAAGAGGACGCAAUACUAGCAUUCUAAGCAAUGGUAAACUGUGUGGGGGCAGUGGCCCCGACCCGCUGGCACAGAGACUGGCACAAGAAGCAGCUCUAGUUGCCAGAGAAUGUACACAUAUUCGAGUCUGCCCGGAGUGUCGCCGUUUUCAGGGUCUCAGAACACGCCCAACUGGUGGAUCUCCAGCACAAAGUGAAGAGAGUUUGUGGGAAAAGACUACAAAUAGCAGUGAGCCAGAGUAA